AUGGCAAACGAAUUUCUUGAUAAAGUGGAGGAUAACGCCAUUGUCCAUAUAUGGUUAGAGAAUGUGCAAUUGGAGAAAGGAGACAGUUUAGCUAAGGGAUAUGUGUCAGAGCUUUGGGACUACACUCGUAUUAGUGUGACGCAAAAUAGCCUUCAGGAGUUAAAUGAGAUUUGGGAUCGGUGGAAUGAUGAAACCAAGCAGUUGUUCUACACUAAUUAUGGGGACUUGCCGUACUUACUUAACAUUAAGGUGGAUGAAAGACUGUUUCGCGCUCUCGCUCAAUAUUGGAAUCCUGCAUAUAGCUGUUUUACGUUUGGGAACGUAGAUUUGGUGCCCACAGUGGAGAAAUAUACAGCUUUACUAUACUGCCCUAGGCUUCAGGUUGAUAAAGUAUAUUCCAGAGCCGCUUAUGUCCCAGCAUUUUGGAAGAAAUUAAUGAAACAUCCUGAUGGGAAAAAGAAGGUUGAUGUGUUUGCUUUGAGUAUCUACGGGUUAGUGAUUUUCCCUAAAGCUUUGGGGCAUGUUGACGAAGCGGUUUCAGAUCUUUUUGAUCGGUUGGGUAAAAGGGUCACGCCUGUUCCUGCAAUUUUGGCUGAAACGUUUAGAUCUUUGAAUGCAUGUAGGCGAGCUGGUGAAGGAAGAUUUAUAGGUUGUACGCAAUUGUUGAUAGCUUGGUUCCAUAGUCAUUUCUGGAAGGUCGACAAAGUUUCGUAUCGGGUUUUCUCUGGGCAUUACUCCCCGUUAAAAGAGAUAGUGGCUAUGCCAAGAAGGGACGACAUAUCAGAAGAAAAUUGGAUAGCAAUUCUAAGUUUUGACUGGGUUUCGUUGCUUGGGAUUUGGGGAGCCGUUGGGUAUGCACCUUUACUGGUCCUAAGGCAAUAUAAUUCAAGACAGUUUGUGCAGGCAACAUAUGGUUUAGCUCAAUGUGAGUUCUCGUACCGAGGAGAUAAUUACAAGAAAAAGGUGAAAGAAAUUUCUCAGGCUUGGAAUCAGGUUCACAGGAUGAAAAUGCUAGCUGUGAGUGACAACUCCAGAGUCCGGUGA